AAUGAAUUGAACUUGAAUUGAACGAAAAGAAAAGUCAAUUUUUAUCAAUACCUACUGCCGCUGUGUCGUCGUCUUUUGAAUAAUUCGUACCUUGCUAUUAUGAUAUUUUAAUACUGAAAAUUAAAACGCAGUUCUAAUAUUUCAAUAUGGAUGAUGUUUUAGAUGAAGUUGUUUCGUCCGAAGAUUUGCAAAAAUUCGAGAAAGUCUACCAUGAGCAGCUUCAUCAAGGGACAGUAACGCACAAAGCACAGUUUGAGUAUGCGUGGUGUCUGGUUAGAAGCAAAUACGCGACUGAUAUCAGAAAGGGCAUACUGUUGUUGAAAGAUUUAUUCAACUCGCACGCUGAGGGCAAACGCGACUACCUGUUCUACCUUGCUAUUGGCAACGCUAGAAUUAAGGAGUACAAUAAGGCCCUCCACUAUGUCAAAGCAUUCCUUGAAAUUGAGCCCGCUAACCAGCAGGUUCUAGCUUUAGAGCGUCAAAUCAACAAGCGAAUGGAGAAAGAAGGCAUGAUUGGUAUUGCAGUGGCGAGCGGGGCGGUGCUGGCUAUCGGCGGGCUCGUCGGCCUCGGCAUCGCGCUCGCUAGUAAGAAAUAGCAUUUGGCCUUCUUAAUGAACGCUUUAGUCGGCGUUCAUUAUCUUCUCUCUAAAAAGAAACCAAAAGAAGAAUAAAGGCGACAUCUGCAAUUCACUGAACACCAAAAAUUUAUCCAAAUUAUCACCCUAACCGUAGUUCAUUUUUCUACGAAUUUGAAAUGCUUAGCCACUUUACAAAAAUGUUUAGAUCAAAUGAAUUUACUUGGGUUUUGUUUAAGAAAUUAAAUAUUUAUUAUUUAUUUUGUGUAAUAUGUGUAAUUUAUUUCUUAGUGUUAGGCUUCAAUGUAGUUAAGAUUAAAAUAUUAUAAUAUAUCAAUGUAUGUGAUUCCAUUAAAUAAAUAUGAUUUGUUUUUAUAUAA